CAAGCAAAGCAACCACCGUUGUACUGUUGCAAGUUUGCAACAGCAGCAGCGAGAGAGAGAAGCAUUUCCUCGAUUCCCCUUCACCUCGUCUCGUGUGGUUACGAUCCUCUUCUCGCCUGCCCGCAUCUCCAUGGCCUCCGCACCGACGCCGCCGCCGCUCCUCCCGGUGACCAACCCCGCGGCUGCGGGCUCGUCCCCGGCCGCCGCGGCCGUCGGAUCUGACGCGCCGAUCGCCACGCCGGCGUUCCGGCUCUUCCUGAACCGGCUCUCCGAGUCGGCGCGGCGCUCGCUGUCCGACAGGCGGCCGUGGACGGAGCUGAUCGACCGCUCGGCGUUCUCGCGGCCGGACUCCCUCUCCGACGCCACCUCCCGCCUGCGCCGCAACCUCGCCUACUUCCGCGUCAACUACGCCGCCGUCGUGGCCUUCGCGCUCGGGGCGUCCCUCCUGGCGCACCCGUUCUCGCUCCUCAUCCUCCUCGGUCUCCUCGCCGGCUGGUGCUUCCUCUACCUCUUCCGCGGCUCCGACCAGCCCGUGGUGCUCUUCGGCCGCACCUUCUCCGACCGCGAGACGCUGCUUGGGCUCGUCGUCGCGUCGUUCGUGGCCUUCUUCUUCACGUCCGUCGCGUCGCUCAUCAUCUCCGGGCUGCUCGUCGGCGGAGCCAUCGUCGCCGUGCACGGCGCUUUCCGCAUGCCUGAGGACCUCUUCCUCGACGAUGCUGACGCCGCCAGCGGCAAUAGCGCGGCCCAGGGUCUGCUGUCCUUCCUUGGGGCACCCGGAUCUAGGGUUUGAGGCGGCGGGCGACAAGAUCUGGUAGGCUUCUUUGGCUCAAGAGGUUCGCGUUACUCUGUAAUUGAUUUGGAUCUGAUCUCGUUGGAGCUGUAGCACAUUCGUUCUCUGAUUUCUCAUUCUGCGACCCGUAGCUGCAGAUCUACUGGUUUACCUAUAUUUUGGAUCGAUGCAUCACUUUGUGAAGUUCUGUUGAAUAUAUUCAGUCUCUUAACGAGAUUUACUUAGUGUUGAAAUUAUUAUGUCAUAUUGCUUUGAAUCAAUUUAGCAUGAACGUAUGAUGUCUAAGUAUGUCAACUUCUCAGUACAGUUAGAACCUGUGUUUUUGGACAGUAGAACAGAACAUAUGAUGGUUCAGCUGUGUAUUGUCACAUUUCAUUUCACGUGGAUGGUUUGAAAAUGGUUUCUGGCUUCCUGUUGCA